GGAUUAAUUACUGAGGCACGUGAAAAUAUUGAUCCUGAUGCUCGCCCAUUUGCCAGAAAGAUCAAAGAGACUGAACGCCAACGACUAAGAGAAGGUGCAACUCUUGCGGAAGUGGUACACCAAGUGAAGCCGGAUGUACUUCUUGGUUUGUCUGCUGUUGGAGGCUUGUUUUCAAAAGAGGUAUUGGAAGCCCUUAGACAUUCAACUUCAACUCGGCCUGCAAUUUUUCCAAUGUCAAACCCAACAAGAAAUGCUGAAUGCACCCCUGAGGAAGCAUUUUCUAUUGUUGGUGACAACAUUAUUUUUGCAAGUGGAAGCCCAUUCAAGGAUGUGGAUCUUGGAAAUGGUCAUGUUGGACACUGCAACCAAGCAAACAACAUGUUCCUUUUUCCUGGAAUAGGACUUGGUACUCUUCUGUCUGGAUCUAGAAUUGUUUCAGAUGGCAUGUUACAGGCUGCAGCUGAGUGCUUGGCUGCGUAUAUGACAGAGGAGGACAUCCUCAAGGGGGUUAUAUACCCUUCGAUAUCCAGGAUACGCGAUAUAACAAAGGAGGUAGCUGCAGCUGUGGUAAAGGAAGCUAUAGAAGAGGAUCUAGCAGAAGGAUACCGUGAAAUGGACAGUCGAGAGUUACGGAAACUUGAUGAGGCACAAAUAUCUGAGUUCGUGGAGAACAAUAUGUGGAGACCGGAUUAUCCAACAUUGGUUUACAAGAAAGAUUGAUCAUCCUCGUUGCUAGCACCUUUUCAUGUCUCUCGCAGCAUAUAAGCACGGGUGCGAUGGAUCCGACACAAUCAUGGACAUUUUUGCACACGAUGGCUCUUCAACAUUUGACAGGCUGAGGACUUCUUGAAUAUUAUAGCUUUUAUUGGGUAGUCCAUACGUUGGUUCUGUAAAAGUGAAUCAAUGCCCUUCUCUUCCUUGCAUGAUUUUGAGCAUCUUGUUGUACAAAUGUACUAUAAUUAGCCCUCUUAUGUAGGUGGUGUGUACAAGUGGUUGAAGUUCUGUAUACUCUUUCUGGCUUGUAUAAUAAAGGAUAAUUCAGAGUUUAAAGUGUUUAUUUUUGACUCUCA